GUCGUCAAAGCACACGUCCGCGACGCAACGCGGCGCGACGUGUUGUGCGCGAGGUCGAAGAGGGAAUCCCGGACGCGCUGGGAGAUCCACCGCCGGUACCACCGACUCGAGAGCGUCGCGCGCGCUCAGCUUCUUCCUCUCGUCAGGUUGUGCCGCGCGAGAGAAGCGCGAUCGCACUCCUCGCGCAUGCCUCCCCCCUGCCGAGAGAUUGGAAAUAGUAUGUAGGAGCAGCGCGCGCACGGGCGCAGCUAUAGUUGAUCGAAAUUCAAAUCGGUCGAUGAGGAGAGACGCGUGCUCGUCGCCGACGACGCUGUCUGUGUGCGCUGGCCGAUCGAUCGCGAUCGAGUCGAGAGGGCUGUGCAGUCGACGUGACUAAGCCGAGCUGUUCUCGCGCGACAACUUCACCAUGACGACCACCAGCGACGUUCAGUUAUCACGAAGUAACGGCCAGUCGUGGGGCUUUCGGCUCUCCGGUGGCGUCGACUACACUUUCCCGCUAAUCGUCGUCAGGGUGGCGAUCGGGGGUCUAGCUUAUACAGCUGGCUUGCAAGCGGGUGAUGUGAUCGUCAAGCUGAACGGGGAGCCGAUAAGCCAACUCACACAUGCGCAGGCCCACGAUAAGCUCGUCAGCGCCGGUAACGAUUUCGUUCUGUCUGUCAUACGAGAUCACGAGAUUGUGCGAAAACAACAACAACAAUAAUAAUAAUAAUAACAAUGAUAGUGCCUAUAUUGUCGAUCGCCGAUUAAUCUUCGCGACUUCAAAUGAGAGAGAGAGAGAGAGAGAGAGAGAGAGAGAGAGAGAGAGAGAGAGAGCGCCUGUGAGCGAAAGUUAUCGCGCGGUACGAAGAAGCGAGACGAAAGACGAAUUACGUUGUAACGAGAAGUUAGAAUAAAGUCAUGAAAAACGUCAACGUUGACCCUUGAGCAUGCCGCGUCAGCCGUCUGAAAAUUGAUAGACAUCACGCCUCAACCAGCCCCUUCGCUCGUGUCUGGCAGCAGCCGUGACGAUCAAGGUCUAUUGGUACAAAGUUGCGAAAUCGUGUCGCCGAUCGACCCACAUCAUCAAACGUAAUAUCUUGACUAUCGGUCAGACGCGCGGCGGGGGGAAAGAGAAGCGUCGGUCGCGUCCGCAAGUCUCAUCUUUAGAUUGAGCAAUAAGGUGGUCAAGCGAGCGCGAGAGCUUUUCCUUCUCUAUAUCUCUUUCCUUUUUUUUUCUCUUAAUCAGUCGCGUGAUUUAAUCGUGGGUAAGUAAAAGGAUAAGCUUCGGGGAAUUACGAUUUCACAUCCUCAUAUUUACAUAAUUUAUUUUCGCUUUAAUAUAUUAGAUAUUAUUCGUAGAAUAUGACUCUCGCUGUCAUCGUCAUAAACGAUGAAUACGCCACACGUACACCGUUUUGCGAUAUAAUUUAUACACAAAAAA